UUUUUUUUUUUUUUUUGUCGGCGUCGGUGGUGUAGUGGUAAGCGUGGUUGCCUCUCACCCCAGUCGGUCGGGGUUCAAUUCCCGUCGACGCCGAUGGGAUUUUCUGAGACAUAAAAUCCGUGAUCACGCCUUCCCUCGGAUAGGAAGUAAAGCCGUAGGUCCCGGCCCAUGUGUUGAUGGGUUCGAUAUGUAGGGUCCUCAGGUGUGGUGGCUGUCUCUCUGGGGCGUCGGAAUUUAAGGCUUAGCUCCUAGACCCAGCCGACGUAAAACACAACUGGCGCCGAACGGUGCUAGUUGGCCAGAAAAAAGAAGAAGAAGAAGAAGAAGAUUUUUUGGCAAAAUCGUCUCAUUUAUCGUCAUCAAGCCAAAAAGUGAGAAUAUUUUUCUGCAAAUUACGGUUUAAAUUUCGUUUCUGACGGCUGAAAGCCUCUCCGUGAACUAGUAAUUUAAAUUAUGCGACUUGGUGAUUUCCUGGGAAUUGUGCAACAUCGAUAGUUUGAUUGCGAAAUUGCGCUGAGACACGGGUGGUGUAUUAUUUUGGAUUGGACGAAGUUAGAACAGUGUUAUUGAACCGAAAAUGGCUUUGAUGACGAUGAUUGCCCGGGUUGUCGACGGUCUUCCACUGGUCGGAACGAUGCAGGAAGAUGAGCAGUCCGGGAGGAGUGUACUGGAGUACCAGAACCAGGCUAAAAUGCUGUUCCGAAAGCUAGGACCCAACUCACCGGCUCGCUGCAGCAUCGAAACUGGUCCUUAUCUUUUCCACUAUCUGAUAGAGAAUGAGGUCUGCUAUCUGGUACUCUGUGAUAAGAUGUUCUCCAAGCGAAUCGCCUUCAAUUAUCUGGAAGAUAUUGCUCAGGAAUUCCACAACAACUACGGCCGGAAGGUGAACUCCGUAACGCGGCCGUACGCUUUCAUCGAGUUUGACAUUUACAUCCAGAAGGCGAAGAAAUCGCUCACCGACCGGCGAAGGAAUAUUAAUACGAUCAACACGCAGCUGCAGGAUGUGCAAAGGAUAAUGGUUCAAAACAUCGACGACGUCCUCCAGCGGGGAACCGUCCUGUCCGAGUUGGACACCAAAACGCAAAACCUGUCGAUGCUGUCGCAAAAGUACAAGAAAGAUGCCACCUACUUGAACCGGAAAUCUCUGUACGUGAAAGGGGCCGUGGCCGGAAUCGUUAUCAUAGUAUUCAUUCUGUACUUUUGGGUCAUUUAAUAAACUCUCCGGAUGAGAUGAUAAAUAAAGUUAAGUUGCCUAGGACGACACACGUACAGUCGAAUGGGAGUAUGGGAACGUAUUUGACCCAAUAGCAUUAAGGUGAGUGGUAGCAAAUCGUGGGCAUCCAACGUCCGAACAAGUGAUGGGCCAAAUUUUGUACUGAACGUAGGUUGAAAGAGCAUGAAAAGUGUUGAUGUUAGUGUUUUCUGUUCAAUGAGUUUUAAACCUAGAUAAUUUUCUUCAAAAAAAAUCUUAAUUGUAGAUUAAGACGAGGUAAAACUUCAAUGGUUUGUGUUGUCCGCAUCAUUACAACGCCUAAAGCAAUAUACAAGAUUGGGAAUUAUCAUAAUUCAAUAACACUUCCACCUUGCAACAUUUUUCCUACGUAAUUUGUUAAUCUUGAAAAUGGUGGUUCUUAGAAAAAUGGAUGUACAUAUUUCAAAGCAGAGGCAUAAUUUUGCAUAGUAUUGGUAAUUGAGGCUGUCUCCAGAAGUACACGUUCUAUCAUUGAAAAAUGCUUCAUUGUAUGGUAGGCAGUGUUCGAAUUGAUUCAAAGUAAUGACAUUUAUCCUUGUUUUGUUAUGUUCUUGAAGAUUUGUGUAUCAAUACAUUUAAUUAUAUUACUGAGAAAAAUAAACUAUCUACUAUUCAUAAAUUGUA